AUGACUGUUCUACCUCCAAACAACGACUCAGCAGACAAGUUCCCCAUCUCCUCGAUCGAAGUUGACGCUCCCACGUUUGAGCAGCAUCACUCUGGCUUCGUUGUUCAAUUUUCGAGGCCCAGAAUCUCAUGGCGGUUUUCUACCACCAACGUUCGUGUCUACAACUGGGUGCAGACGGCCUAUGACCUUGAAAUUUGUCUAAUCGAUGCCGAUGAGGCUGGGAUAUACCAUGUCGACGGUGCACAGUCGGUCCUCGUCCCAUGGCCUAUCCUGUGCAGCAGUUUAAGAUCCAGAGAGCAGAGGAGGGUUCGAGUUCGGUGUUAUGGCACUCGUCGAGAUGAGGGAACCACCCAAAAGGUAAUGGAGAUCUCCAAAUGGUCAGAUUGGAGCAUUGUUGAGGCCGCUCUGCUCGACAAGAAUGACUGGGCUGCCAGCAUGAUCACGCUCAAGGAAUCAAUCUUGCCGAACGAUGACGGAUCGGCUCGUCCUUUGACGUUUCGAAAACUCUUCUCCUUACCCUCCGGUAGGAAGAUCAAGAAGGCCCGACUGUAUGCCACCAGUCACGGGGUCUACUAUGCUAGCCUCAACAAUAAGCCGGUAGGCGACGAAUGCAUGGCACCAGGUUGGCAAAGCUACAAGAAGCGACUCCAUUAUCAAGUACAUGAUGUCGAAAGCCUCCUGCUCCCUGGACUAGACAACGUCCUGAUGGUCAAUGUGGGACCUGGGUGGUUCGCAUCUGCUUUGUCCUGGGUUUGCCGGAGGUUCGUCUACGGCACCGAGCUUGGUGUUCUGGCGCAACUAGAAGUGGAGUUUGAUGAGACUGAUGAGGCGUUCACUAUCUAUACGGACUCCUCCUGGUCGGCCACCACCUCGGCCAUUCUAAGUAGCGAAAUUUACAACGGUGAGGUCUAUGAUCAGCAACGAGCAAUGGAAAUUAGCACGGAAAAUUCGGAGUGGUCUCAGAACAUAUGGGGAAAGUCCAGAGUCUCAAAUACUGCCGUCGCACCCCUGAUCUCCCCAAACGGGCCCCCUGUACGCGUAACAGAACGCCUGCGACCGAACACAUUUUUCAAAUCUACAUCUGGUAAGACGAUCAUCGAUUUUGGACAAAAUAUAGCUGGCCGACUGUGUAUUAGGCGCCUCCUCAAACCGCCCGGACAUAGAGUCACAUUCCGUCAUGCGGAAGUGAUCGAAGACGGCGAGCUGGGAACAGGGCCGCUACGAACAGCAAAAGCACAAGAUACCGUGAUAUGCGCAGGAACAAUACUGGCAGAUUGGCAUCCCAGUUUCACAUUUCAUGGUUUUCGGUACGUCGAAGUGACGGGGUGGUCUGAGGAGGAUGCCGAGAUGCCCUUGACUGAGGAGAGCCUCGUCGCAGAAGUGAUGCACUCAGAUAUGCGAAGAACAGGCUGGUUCUCUUGCUCUAACGAUGAGGUGAAUCAACUACACAAGAACACAGUGUGGAGUAUGAGAGGCAACUUCCUCAGUAUACCGAGUGAAUGUCCCUCUAGGGACGAGAGACUUGGCUGGACUGGUGACCUGAACCUUUUUGCGCCUGUGGCAACAUUUCUCUACGAUACUGGCGGGAUGCUAGGGGACUGGCUGCAAGACCUAUACGCCGACCAAAUGGACGAGCAUGAAAGCUGGAGGAAAGGAAUGGUGCCGCUAUAUAUACCAAAUUGUCUGACGGGGCUCGGUCCUCGAGACGAUGGAUGGCAUCACAUGCCCAAUGGUGUCUGGGGUGACGCCGCAAUCAUGGUACCCUUUCAACUCUACAUGAUGACAAACGACACUGACAUCCUGUCACGCCAAUACGAUAGCAUGAUACAGUAUCUUCAAAACGGUGUCCGACGCGGCAGAGAUGGUCUUUGGAAUAGCUAUCAAUGGCAGUUCGGUGACUGGUUGGACCCCUCUGCGCCUCCCAAUGAUUCGGGAAGAGGUCGGACGGAUGGUACUUUUGUCGCAGACUGCUUCUUAGUUGAGUCGACAAAAAGAAUGGCCAUCAUCGCCAAGCAACUGCAAAAUUCGGACGACUUUGCUCACUUCACUACCGCUCACCUCCAGCUGUUGACGGCUUUUCAGACGAAAUAUGUCACACCUGCAAGACUUCUCGCUCCUGACACGCCCACGGCUGAUGCACUCGCCAUCGCUUUUGACCUCCUACCAUCCUCUGAAAGCUCUAAAUCUGAUUCGGGGGAACAUGCAACAGCCGCACGCCUCUCCCGUGCCCUACGCUUUGACGACUUCUGUAUUUCCACCGGCUUUGUCGGUACUUCCGUUCUGCUUCACAGUCUCACUAAGACCCGCCAGGACACCCUUGCGUACCAGAUGCUUCUGUCGCGGUCCACUCCCUCGUUGCUUUACCCGGUUCGCAUGGGCGCGACGACGAUUUGGGAGCGUUGGAAUAGUUUGAAACCUGAUGGACACAUGAAUGAGGCUAGUAUGACAAGUUUCAAUCACCAUGCCCUGGGCUCAGUCACAAGCUGGCUGCACGAAUGCGUUGGCGGAAUCAAAGCCGCUGAUCCUGGCUGGAGUACUACCUCAAUCGAGCCGUGCGUCAACAGAAUGCUGUCGUAUGCAGAAGUGAUAUAUGAGUCUGCUUACGGCCGCAUAGAAUGUAGGUGGAAGUUGGAUGGCGAUACAUUGAGCAUCGACGUUCUGGUACCCCCGAAUACCCACGCUCGUAUCGUCUUGCCCGAUGCGCGCGACCGACGAGCUCAGGGUAUGGAAGUCGAUGAUCUCUGGGUGGGUUCUGGGCGAUAUCAUUUCGAAAGCGAGUAUAAACGAGCAGAUCAUCCCGUCCAUGCUAUCCUCCCACCUUGGGGAAGAUCGAGUUUCUAA